CCCCUGUGCUUAAUGCGCGUAGGUUACAACAGAGCUUCCCCCCCCUCCCGGCUGCGGUUCCUCGCGCCCCCGGAGCUCAGGAUGACGGUUGGCGCUGGCUCCUCGCGCUCGGCCCCUGCCGCUGGGGGGUUCCCCGCGAGCCGAGCUCACUGGCAGGUCCUGCAGCGGCUGCUGCGCACUCGCAUCACGGGCCACAUCAUCAAGGGGCUGCCCCGCCCCUCCUCUGCCCUCCGUGCGGGCACCGCGCCUGCUCAGUGGGGCGCCGCUCACCCUGCCCGGGAGCUGUCAGCGCUGCAGCCGGGCUGGUCCGUGCGAAGAGCAGGCAGCGAGCGGCCAUGGCGAGGGGCUGCGGGCUGCCGGCGCUACCAUCGCCCAGAUCCAAACUCGGUUGUGGAAUUGCUCAAGAUCUAAGAUCCAUGAAAAUAACAUUUUCUACAUAAGCGUGACCAUUUUGAUUUAUUUGAUUUUAAAAUCAAUGAUUGUGUGGCUGUUGUUGACUCAUCUGCUGUGUUUCUUCACUGAAGUUUAAAGAACAGAGUGAUCUUCCCCGUAAUAUUUUUGUAAACACUAUGACUAACUGUAAAGGAAGAUCUACCACUACCAAAAUAAAUGGUAAUGGUAAAGCUUAUGAUGGAGAAAGUUUUGUAAAUUGGACUAUAAAUCUAAAUACAAUUCAGUCUGACAAGUUUCUGAACCUGCUGUUGAGUAUGGUUCCAGUUGUUUACCACAAAAAGCAGGAAGAGCGACAUAAAGUGAAUGGUGUCUGGCAAGAUGGAUUACAACACACAGGACACAAUUUUAAUGUUAGAUUGGAUCAACACACGGAGUAUCAUCACUUCUCAGAACCAGCUUUUCAUGGUAGUAAUGGACACAGUCCAUCUAGCUGUAGUCCAAAGUAUGAUGACUUUGCCAGUUACAAUUAUUGUGAUGGGAUGGACACAUCAGAAGCAGAUGCCAUAUUGAAGGAUGACACCUUGUCUAGUGAUGGUGAUGAAGAUGCCAUUGUGGAAAGGAGCAGAAAGCAACCAAAGGAGUCCAGUAGUAUUAUGGCAUUACAGAUACUUGUACCAUUUUUGUUAGCAGGAUUUGGAACUGUUUCUGCUGGUAUGGUUUUGGAUAUUGUGCAGCAUUGGGAAGUGUUCAGAAAUGUUACUGAAGUUUUUAUCUUGGUUCCUGCACUGCUUGGUCUUAAAGGUAAUUUGGAAAUGACCUUGGCAUCUAGACUAUCAACUGCAGUAAAUGUUGGGAAAAUGGAUUCUCCCAUUGAGAAGUGGAACCUCAUAAUUGGCAAUUUGGCCUUAAAACAGGUCCAGGCAACAGUAGUUGGUUUUCUAGCAGCAGUGGCAGCAGUCACACUGGGCUGGAUUCCAGAGGGCAAAUAUCGCCUUGAUCAUUCAAUCCUAUUGUGUUCUAGCAGUGUAGCAACUGCCUUCAUAGCAUCUCUUCUACAGGGGAUAAUAAUGGUUGGAGUUAUUGUUGGAUCAAAGAAGACUGGCAUAAAUCCUGACAAUGUUGCCACACCUAUUGCAGCGAGUUUUGGAGACCUUAUCACUCUUGCUAUACUAGCUUGGAUAAGUCAGGGUCUUUAUAAUUGCCUUGAGACAUAUUACUAUAUAUCUCCUUUAGUUGGUGCCUUUUUCUUGGCCCUGACUCCUAUGUGGAUUGUAAUAGCUGCCAAACAUCCAGCUACAAGAACUGUUCUCUAUUCAGGGUGGGAGCCUGUUAUAACUGCUAUGCUUAUAAGCAGCAUUGGUGGCCUUAUUCUGGACACAACUGUUUCUGAUCCUAAUUUGGUUGGGAUUGUUGUUUAUACUCCAGUAAUCAAUGGUAUUGGUGGUAAUUUAGUGGCAAUUCAAGCUAGCAGAAUUUCUACCUACCUCCAUUUACAUAGCAUUCCUGGAGAAUUGCCAGAAGAAGCAAAGGGUUGCUAUUACCCAUGCAGAACCUACUAUGGUACAGGAGUAAAUAACAAAUCAGCCCAAGUUCUUCUCCUUUUGGUGAUUCCUGGACAUUUAAUUUUCUUGUACACCAUCCAUUUAAUGAAAAGUGGUCAUACCUCUUUGACUCCAAUUUUUAUAGCAGUAUAUUUGUUUGCAGCCCUGCUACAGGUGUUUACUUUGUUAUGGAUUGCUGACUGGAUGGUGCACCACUUCUGGAAAAAAGGAAAAGAUCCUGACAGUUUUUCUAUCCCUUACCUUACUGCGUUGGGAGAUCUGCUUGGAACUGCCUUAUUAGCUAUGGGUUUUCACGUUCUGUGGCUCAUUGGUGAUAGAGAUGGGGAUGUUGGAGACUAAUCAUUCAGAUGGACAUAUUGUUCCCAGUAGAUUCAGAAGAAAAAUAGGAGACAACUGCUUACCAUUCCAGUCGAAGGAUUUCAAAAUGAUUAUUCAAUUUAGUAUGGGUAAUUAAGGUGGCACAGAUAUUUAAUGGCCUUAAUUUUUUUAAUGAAAGGUGGAACAGAAAGCAUUUUAUCUGAUUUUUACCCUGAAAGUGAGGACUGUUGCCAGUUGAAAACAUCUGACCAGAUACAAUGAAAUGUAGGCUGAUUGUUUGACAAGUGUUUUGUAUUAGGGAAAAAAUGGAGCGUUUAAAAAAGGAAAAUCAUGGGAUAUCAUAUAAACCAGAGCUGUCUUUAACUGACAAUAAAUGAACAGUGAAGAAGGGAGAUUAAAACAGAUCAGUGGCUUAUCUUGUCUUUUUUAGUCCUCACACAUUGGGUAUAUACUUCAAAUCACGAUGCACAAAGGGUUCAUUGAGUCAAAAUAAUUUCCUUCUCACAGACACAACUACUUAAUUGAUUAUGUGUCUUUGCCAUUUUUAGUAUUUCUCCAGUUGCCACAGGCUGUACAUCAAGAAUAAUAAUUAUUGUAAUGAUUUGGGCCCUAAUCCUUCAACCAUUUUGACACAUGCUUAACUUUACGCACAUUAGAGGAACUACUUGCAUGUACUGUUACACUCUUCGAGAAGUAUUUGCAUGAUUGGGCCCUACCACAGUGUACCAAGAGAACUGCAACCUACUUCUUUUGCCCUUGGUAUCUAUCUAAAUCAAUUGUGUAAGCCAGGGGUUCUCAAACUUCAUUGCACCAUGACCCCCUUCUGACAACAAAAAUUACCACACAACCCCAGGAGCGGGGACUGAAGCCUGAGCCCACUCAAGCUGCCCUGAGUGAGGGGACCAAUUCCAAAGCUACAGGAGGGCCUGUAACCUGAGCCCUGCCACCCAGGGCUGAAGGCAGGCUUGGGCUUUGACCCAGGUGGUGGGACUUAGGCUUUGACCUUGGCCAGUGGGGCUCAGGCUUUGGCUUUGGCCCUGAGCCCCAGCAAGUCUAAUGCCAGCCCUGGCGACCCCAUUAAAACAGGGUCGUGACCACCUGGGGAUCCUGACCCACAGUUUGAGAACCACUGGUAUAAGCAAACACAUUUAGCAUGAUGCUGCACUGAUCUAUAUUAAUGAGGAUAAGCUAGAAUGAAGCUAGUUUUCUGUUGAAAAAUGUACUUUUAGUUGGCAACUGGACAGUCUUCUAGUAUUAAUAUUAAAACUACUGUCAUGGCAUUGACAUUUAUUAUGUACUUUAAGGUUGUGUCAUUGUUCCCAUUAUAAUAAUCAGUUUUCAGGUGUUUCAGUUGUAAAUAUUUACCCCGAUCAAAACUUGGGGUGUAUAAGAUUGUGUUGCUUCUUAGACUUUUUAAAAAUUUAUUUGGACUUUUUGAAAGUUUACAUAAACUUUCAAAAAAUAUAGGGCCAGAGCGUACCAUCAACUUUUAAGCAGAAAUCUACAUCGUUGUUAAUAAGGAUUUCUGUUUAAAAGCUGUGGCAGAAUAUGGCCUAUAGAGAAAGAAAUUACUGGCUGAAUGCUUUCUUAUAUUUGUUUAACUCAAAGCUUAAAAUAUGAAGUUUGGCAAGUGAUUAGUCUAAUUAGUAAUUUGAAAAAAUACAUUAGAUUGUACAGAUAUAUUUUGAAAAUUGGCUACAAUUCAUGCACAGAAAAUGUUUCUAAAAUUUAAAAAUCAGGGAGGACAUCCUAAAUACAUAAUUGCAUGAAUCAUUCUGGUUAAUUGUGUAAAUACUAUAACCAAAACUUUCAAAAUUAGAGACUUAAAAUUAGACACCUAAAUCCAUAUUAGACUCCCAAGUUAGACUCUUAAGUCAGCCUAUAUCCUUAUCCUGCAAACAUUUAUGUGUGUAAUUUUAUGCAUAUGAGCAGUCUCUCUGAAUUUAAUGAGACCACUCAAAUUCAUAAAGUUACAUUUGCACAUAAGUUUUUACAGAAUUGGGACACUAGACACUUAAAAAGUUGGCCUUACUUGCAAAGAGCUGCGGAGCAUCCUCAUCUCCAUGGAAAAACAGGGUGUUUGCAAGUCCAAAAAAAAAAAAAAAAAGCCAGGUCCUUGGGUGCCUAGAUAUGGAUUUAGAUGCCUAACUUUAGGCACCCUCAUUUGAAAAUUUUUACUUGAGCUUUUUCUUAAAAUUAUGACUACCUAGUUGACAGAUUGGAAAGGAUCAUAAACCUGUUAUGUCUUCUACUUAUGUGAGGUAAAGAUGAAUAUCACUUUAAGUUCCCUGACUUUUGAUAGUUUUGUAUUAAUGUUAUUUAAAUUAGUUUAUUGUAAUGUAUAUUGUGAGAAAUACUAUAAAUUGUUUAAAAAUGGGAUGGUUAUAAUUCACUUUUUGUUUGACUUCUUUAAAAUGCUGUUUUUAUUCUGUGCUAUAGACCAAGAAAUAAUUACAGAAUUUAAUUCUGGUGGAACUACCUUGUUGAACUGCAUUGUCAUGGCAAACUUUUUUAUUGGAGGAAUUACUGGAUUUUAAAAUCCUAAUAAAUGAACUGCAAAGCUCUUUAAAAAAUAAAAAACAGUUUCUUCACUGCA